CUUAGUUUUAAAUGUCAUUAAAUAAACACACACACACAAAUUUACCAAUUUGUAUAACGUUGCACAAAAUUCGUAAAGUUUAAUUAGAAGGAAUAAUAUUCCAACAGAUUAUGUAUCCUCCGCGGCUAGAGCAGAACCGGCAUAGCCAACAACAGCAUAAACAACCACGGUCCUUAAAAGAAUUCUUGGAUAGGACCCGGAUACAGGAGCAGCCACCUGAACCGGAAAGGGAACGUGAAAGAGAGCAAGUCGUAGUUAUAGUGGACGCUGCAACGUUGCGAAUAUUCAUACAACAUGUUUAUAUGUAUUCGGUUAUUUUCAUAUUGGUUACAUCGAUAAUCUUGCUGGUGAUGUCGGCCACUAAAUGCUCAAUUUAUCCUGCAGUUCCUGUGCCGUACUUUGUGUGGAUCUUGUUGGCAUUCACUUUGCUGAUGAUAUUGAAUUGUUUUCCACAAGCGCGACACAUUGUCGUCCUUAAUUGGAUAAUGACGAUCUGGGCUCGCUUGCGAUAGUUGGAAUGCUCUAUGCCUGUGGUGCUAUGUGCCCACAAAAACUGCUGCCUGGAUAUCUAUUUGUAUAUUUUGUAUCUUUUGUCUUUGGU